AAUCAAUUGAAUGACUUCUCAUAUGUAAUAUUAACUAAUUAUUAUUAGUGUUAUUAUUUUUGUAAAUGCAAAACAAUUUCGAGACAUCAGUCAAGUCGGAGAGUGUAGUGGAUGUGGACGUAGACUAUAAGCCAGAGAUGAUUGACUUAAAUAAUCAGUCCAAUCAUAUCGAUAAGACCACUCGGUGUUCAUCGAUGGUUCAAAGGGGCAAAUAUUUGCUAACUUGUGAACCUCAGAUCAAGACUCUAUUGGAUUGUGUUUAUCGUGGAUAUAAAAUAUCAAAGGACAACGAUUGCUUGGGUCUGAUUAGUCCCUAUACUCAAGCAUAUGAAUGG